CAGAAGCCACGAUCAGAUGUCAACAAAGCUGUAUGAGUGUGAAUAUUACCGAUGAUGUUUGUACUGAGCGCUGACACUUAACACUGUGAAACAGUAGAGGACCCUUAGUGGAAAAUUCGGAAGGAAGAAAUAUUCUGGAGGGAAGAGCGACGUCCAUAAAUAAUUUGCAAACCAUGAAUUAUGUGGGUCAACUGGCGGGGCAGGUGUUUGUGCAGGUCAAGGAGCUGUACAGAGGGCUCAACCCUGCAACACUGUCUGGGUGUAUAGAUGUCAUUGUGGUCCGGCAGCCAGAUGGCUCCUUACAGUGCUCUCCGUUUCACGUCCGCUUUGGCAAGAUGGGUGUGCUGCGGUCACGUGAGAAAGUGGUGGACAUAGAAGUUAAUGGAGAGCCAGUGAGCUUACACAUGAAGCUGGGAGAAAAUGGAGAGGCUUUCUUUGUUAAAGAGACUGAGAACAAAAUGGAAGUGGUUCCAUCCUACCUGGCAACAUCACCAAUCAUGUCAACAGGGCAGGAGUUAAUGAAGUCACAGCUGGCCAGGGGCAACUCUCGUCACCAUGACUCCAUCCCAUGCAGCCCGCUUCCUGUUCAGAAUCUGGGACUGCAGCAAAGUGAAGGAGGGUUGAACAAGAAGAGGAGAAAGAGAAAGAAAAAGGCACGGCCAGAGGGAGGUGGAGGAGGCGCAGGACUGAGGAGAGAGGAAAGUGAAGAAGAGUUCUCAGAUGAUGAGGACAUGUUCACUAUUGACCUGAGCUCGGAUGAGGAAAUGGAGGGGGACAGCAGCAGACCUGUGUAUGGUGAUCAGGGAUCGACUGCCAAUGCCCACAUUCUCCCCAGCACUGAUUGGUCUCAUUCACAGAGUAAAUUGAUAAAGAAGACUCUGUCCAUUCCUCAGCCCUGUGGUCUAUCCAUCUCCUGUCCUCAGCAGUCCUCUCACUUCUCUUCUCCUACUAGCAGCCCAGACGAUUCACAGUCUUCAACACCAAAGAGUGACUCAGAGCUAACAAAUCCAUCUAAGGACAACCCUGAGAUGCUAUGGACCUGGGGGGAGUUACCACAGGCUGCCCAGCCAUCUUUCCUGACCGCCCACCAGAAGCAGGAUUCUGCCGCUGCUGUCUCCAUACCGGUGUCUCCUAGCACUCACUUCCGAGCCAUCAGUGACACGGGAACUCCAUGCAGUCCAGUGCCACCACUGGACAAAGACACAGAGGAAAACAGAAAUGGACACAUUGUGGGAGAACAAGAAAGAGAAGUGGAAAGUGUUGGGCCGUCAUGUGUACAGAUGGAGAGUUUGACAACAUGCUCAGUGUCUCAGAGAAUUCUUCCUGAUCAUUUGGAAGAUAGCAGGAAUAGUCCCAUCAGAAGGACUGAUUCACCGUCCAAGAGGAAAGAAAAGAGAAGUCAACACCUGGGUGCUGAUGGUAUUUACCUGGAUGACAUUACAGAACUGGAGCCUGAAGUAGCUGCUCUCUACUUUCCUAAAACUGACGGAGGCAGCAGCUCGAUGAAGGGGGACUCUGAGAUGAUGGUGGGUGUGCGGAGCGCUAACCAAUCCCCACAGUCAGUGGGCAGCAGCGGGGUGGACAGUGGCGUGGACAGUUUGGUGGAUCAAGUGUGUGAUCUACCUCAUGUCGCCAUCUCUUUGUGUGGAGGACUCACUGAUAACAGGGAGAUUACAAAAGAGCAAUUCAUGGAGAAGGCUGUUUCCUACCAACAGUUCUCUGAAAACCCCUCUAUUAUUGAUGACCCUAACCUUGUGGUCAAGAUAGGAAGCAAGUACUACAACUGGAACACAGCUGCUCCUGUCAUGCUGGCCAUGCAGGUCUACCAGAAACCAUUGCCACAGGCAUCGGUGGAGAACAUUAUGAAGGACAAGAUGCCAAAAAAAGGAGGACGCUGGUGGUUCUCGUGGAGAAGCAGGAACAAUGACUAUAAGUCAGAAUCAGUGACAGAAGCAGCUGGAGACCAAGACGAGAGUUCCAUAACAAUGGCCCCAGUAAACAGGCUGAAGGAUGAAUCAUCCUCAAGCGAUGAAGACCACAGAUCAUCCAGUCAGGUAUCAGGAGUCUUUCAGUCAGAGCCCCUCGAGAGUUCUGGUGGCAUUUGUUACAAGAAGACUCUUCGGCUCACGUCAGAGCAGCUGGCUAGCCUGCAGCUAAAGGAGGGUCCUAAUGAAGUGGUGUUCAGCGUGACCACUCAGUAUCAAGGCACCUGCCGAUGUCAUGGCACAAUCUAUCUUUGGAGCUGGGAUGACAAGAUAGUCAUCUCCGAUAUAGAUGGAACCAUUACAAGAUCUGACACUCUGGGCCACAUCCUCCCUACACUGGGUAAAGACUGGACACACCAGGGUAUUGCACGGCUCUACCACAGAGUCAGCCUAAAUGGAUAUAAAUUCAUGUACUGUUCUGCAAGGGCCAUUGGCAUGGCUGAUAUGACAAGAGGUUACCUCCACUGGGUCAAUGAAAGGGGAACCAUGCUGCCAAUGGGCCCAGUGCUGCUCAGCCCAAGCAGUCUUUUUUCUGCCUUGCACAGGGAGGUGAUUGAGAAGAAGCCCGAGAAGUUUAAGAUCGAGUGUCUCACAGACAUCAAGCACCUUUUCUACCCAAACACUGAACCAUUCUACGCUGCUUUUGGCAACAGAGCUACGGAUGUCUAUUCCUAUAAGGAGGUGGGCGUUCCACUCAACAGGAUUUUCACUGUCAAUCCUAAGGGGGAGCUGGUGCAGGAGCAUGCCAAAACAAAUAUUUCCUCCUAUGGCCGUUUGUGUGAUAUGGUGGAUCAUGUCUUUCCGGUCCUCAUGCAAGGUGAGGAAGCAGACUUCCCUCACUCUGAUGCUUUUGACCAAUGCAAUUACUGGAACAAAGUACUUCCUGAAGGCACUAUUCAGGGAGAGGAAGACCCACAGCCAGCCAAGAUGAGCUGACGAAACUGCUGAACCUAGCAUGAAGCAGCAUAAAUGUGAAGAUGAAUGAAGCCAUCAAGCUUUUCCUAAUAUGGUAAAUCAAGAUGGCUCCUUAACUCACAGAUGAUACUUAGAAAAAUAACUGACUACUAAUUCAAAGGAAAUGACUGUUUUUUUUUCGGCCAUACACCCACAGAAACAAGCUGUGCUAACAUUUAGGAGUGAUAACAAAAGUAGUCAGGGAGACGGAGAUAAAAACAGAGGACUAAAAAUAACAACCUUAGGAUCAAUUGCUAAUAAGACUGCUGAGUGAAAAACAAAGCAAGAAAAGAGAUUUAAAAAUGCAAACAAACAAAAAAAACAAAACCGAAACAAUUCUGUGAUGAAAUUCAGCAGCUGUUUGGGAAUUAAACUAACUCACAUUUGCAAGUGUACUGACUCAAAUACAUACACAUAGGUAAACCCUACGAACAGCAUGAGUACAAUAUUUCUUUAGUUUUUUUGUUAUGCAACAAAAUGUUUCUCAAAACAUGUUUGUUGGUUCUCUAAAGGCACCAAGGCAGAACUAACUGAUUCCUUCGACUGGUUACCAUUCUUGCCUUUAACCUACACCCAUCAUGUAUAUUCCAAAAGAUAUCAAUUAGUAAAUCAACUAUUUCAACUAUUGCCUAUAUAGCAGACAAUAAAACAUAAACUGCCAAUUUAGUUCAGCUUUGAAAUCCUAGAUGGGUCCUUUGCUGCGGUUUCUGUUCUGCUCAUGCAGUAUUAGUUGUACUUAGAGUACAACUUUAAAUAAGAUUCUAUUUGGCUAAAGGCUGUUUUCUGACCUCAAGUACAGUGGACAUUUUGCACCAGAAAAUGCAGACUAUAUAUGGUAAAACCAUCCAGAGCAUGCAAAAAUAGCACAAAUAGGGUAUGCAAAAAUCUCCUGUGCCAAACUCCUUUGCAAAGUAAAGCUAAGUGUGUGGUCUUUUGACCGUGCUACUGUGAAACAUGUGGCCAUGGCACAUAUUAUAGUCUUCAGUGACUAUAUUCAAGACAAGUGCAAGACAAUGCAAUGAAAUUCUGUCUGUUUCUAUCUGUUGUUUUUAAAUGUACAAAAAAGGAAAUUCUGUGAUAUCGUACAAUGUAAUAUACGAAUCUCUCCACUUAUUCUAAUAACUAAUGCCCAUCAAUGCAAUUGCUUCAUAAGCUAAUUUAACACUAAGUAUAUUUUCAGUUUUGUAAUGCAAUAUGACAUAUUGCACAGGUUAGUGUACUUCGUGUAAAGCACUUAUCUGUCCUGUAGAGGGAAAGUAAAGGAAGAGUAUUCAGAUUCUGUAAAAUUUUUGUAUGAAACAUGCCUAUUUUUUGUAGUUUGUACAUACGAUUUUUUUUGUCUGUUAUCAGACGUUUGUAUUUUCAUCACUUAUCUAAUAACAUCCACUAAACAACUUUUAUGCCUAAUGUAAACCUUUCUUUUAAUUUAUAUUACUUAAAAUGGGAAAACCACUGCGUAUGGUGUUAACAUAAUAUUUUUUCUGACCGUAUGAACUAUGAUACAAGUUUUUUUCAAAGUUUUUGUGAAUCAGUAUAUUGUCUAAAAUACCUGGUGCUCAUUCAAAUACUCACCCAUUUUCAGGCCUCAAGGCAAAUCUCUUUUUAAGUCAACUAAGAGUUGCCAUUUUCAUCACGCCACCACUGAAGCGAUAAAUAAACACCCAGUUGUUUUAGUUCUGCCUCUGGUUUGAGGCGUUAAUGGCAACCAACAUAAAACCUCAACUGUUCACAAAAACAGAUAUGUUUCCACUGCCUAACUGGUUUUAAAUCGCAUAAAGAUUUAUUCCCAGAGUACUUCAUUAGAUUUUUAGUUUGAAAUUAACAAGUAUAUUUUUAGUACACAAGUAUAUGUUCAUGUGUCUUGUACUGAAAUACCAGAAUGCCAGAAACAAAUCUGACUGAUUGUGAUUCACCUGGUUAUACUGUCACUGUUUGUAAUAACAGAUACUCUGUGUACUGUGAUUAACUUAAAAGAAAGUCAGGAAUUAAUUUUUUAUUUAACGGAAAACUGUCUUUGGGAAGUCCAGUGUAAUUUGUGCCAGAGGAAAAAGAUGCUCAGAACGCAUGCUCUUAAGUAAUGACUGUUGUGUUGUCGCCUGAUCUUUUGAGGAGGUAUGUUGCUCUGAAAAAGAAGAAAAAAAGGAGAUGAGAUCAUUGUGUCAAAAUUCAAGUUUUGCUUCCAGCAUUUUUAAAGAAAAUCCUAUUUGGUGAUUGCUAAUUUCUUUCUGUGAAAGAUUCAUUAAAACUGUUGACUAGUUUUCACUCUGUCUCUGUGUUGAUUUAGAUGAUUACUUUGCUGCUUCCCAUGUAAAUGUUAUGUUUUUGGCUCUAAGCAACAGGCCACCAGUAUGUAGUGCAAGCCAUUGUUAACACUGUAAUUCAAUCUGUACAAUGGACACAUCUUUAAUAAACUUAAAAUUAAUAUUGA